AUGCAAGCGAAUGCUCCUGUAGCAACUACUGCUAAUCCGAUGACUCUGCAUGGUACCCAUCCCGCAGCAUUCGAUUCCAAUCGUCAUUCACGGAACGUAGUCGCAGGGGCCAGAACUUCACCGAGCCUUCAUCUCAACACCCUUGUAGAGACAAUCUAUGGUCUACCACUACCAUUCACCAAUACUCACAGCAUCAACACAGCCGUGUCCACCACACCAGCUUCACACACUCCUGAUCAUAACCCCACACACUCUACCGCACAAGACCAGAAUUCAGAUGUCGGCGUCGGCAAUAUCAUACAAACCCCGCCACAACAGCUUCAAGCUCACGCAUCAACUCCUCCUGUCGUUGCUGAUUCGUAUGGAGAAUGUCCUAGUAACUACGCCUCAUGGAAGUUCUUCCCAGGAAAGCAUGUUGUGCCACCACCAGGUCUAUCUUGCUACGACGUCUGUCAGCAAUUCCCGAAUUCACUUAAUCAUGCAGUACUAGACGCAUUUUUGCAACGCAACUGGUCCGCUGGCGAGAUCAAAGAGUGUCUGCCCAAAAACGUACAAGAUGCUCUCAAGGGAACGACCGCUGCCGAAAACCCAACCUUCCUGACCAAUCGAUUGACCAAACGUACAACGAAGUUGAUCCAAGAUGGCUUAUGGGACAACCUGGUUAGCAAUGGCCGCAACGGCAACUUCCUUCGCAACGAUGGUCGCCCAGCUGAUAUGCCGAAGCACAAGAGCAUGAGAGAACCUCUGCCUCCCUUUGCAAGUGUUGUCCAGCAGACUCGUGCUGCAGGAGUGGUCACGCGGGCUAGAAACGCUGCGAAUCGCCGGGUGACUGCGGGGGAAGCUGCAAUGGCUUCCAGUGCUGCUCUUGCUCAGAGUGGUUCUGUUCUCGCCACGACUGCCGGCAACACAGAAUUGUACGAAGAAAAGCAAAUGUCUGAUGUUCAAGCUGGCUUCGUUCAGCAUGAUGAGGAUGACUUGACGGAUGGCGAGGAUGAAGAUGGGAGCGAUGCGGAGUUGGCCUAG